AUGGGCUGGACCCUCUGGAGCCCCGUGAGAUGCCGACCCCCAAGCGCCCCCACGGCGCCGCUCUCUUCGCCCCUCCUCUCCAUCCUCUUCCUCCUCACCUUCCUCCUCCUCCUCCCCCGCGCCUCCGCCGCCACGCCGACGUCACCUGCGAGGACACCUGCAGGAUCGUGCUGGUGGAGAGCAUCCCCGAGGGCAUGGAGGGGCUGGCGGUGGGCAGCGCCCCCGGCCCCCCCGGCCCCCCCCGGCCCCUCCGGCCCCUCCACCUUCGAGGCGUGGCUGGGGCUGCUGGCCGGGGCCACCCACAGCGUGGACAUCGCCUCCUUCUACUGGACACUGACCAACAACGACACACGCACACACGAGCCAGCCCCGGCGCAGGGCGAGCGGAUCCUGGCGGUGCUGCAGCAGCUGCCGGCGCGCGGCGUGGCCGUGCGGGUGGCGGUCAGCGCGCCCUCGCCCUCCGCACCCCUGGAUGACCUCUGGGCACUGGAGCGCAGCGGUGGGCCCGUGCGCACCGUGGACCUGCCGCGGCUGACGGGCGGCGUGCUGCACACCAAGUUCUGGCUGGUGGACGGCGUCCAUCUCUACAUCGGCAGCGCCAACAUGGACUGGAGGCCCUGACGCAGGUGGGUGAAGGAGCUCGGAGUCGCCAUCUACAACUGCAGCUGCUUGGCCAAAGAUUUGGGCAAGAUCUUCGAGGCCUACUGGUCCUUGGGCGUCCCCGACGCGUCCAUCCCGGCGCCGUGGCCGGACAGUUUCUCCACCUCCAUCAACCUGGAGACCCCGCUGGAGAUGACGCUCAACGACACCGCGGCCGCCGUCUUCUUCUCGAGCUCCCCGCCCGCGCUCUGCGCCGCCGGCCGCACGCCGGACCUGGAGGCGCUGCUGGCCGUGAUCGACGGCGCCGAGGCCUCGGUGGACGUGGCGGUGAUGAGCUACGUGGCCAGCAGCGAGUUCUCGCGGCCGCGGCGCUUCUGGCCGGCCGUGGACGAGCGGCUGCGGCGCGCCGUGGUGGAGCGCGGCGUGCGGCUGCGGCUGCUGGCCGGCUGCUGGGCGCACAGCCCGCCCGCCAUGGCCCCCUUCCUGCGCUCGCUGGCCGCGCUGGCCGACAACCGCACCCGCUACGGCGUGCAGGUGCGGCUGUUCCUGGUGCCGGCCAGCGCGGCGCAGAGCCGCAUCCCGUUCGCCCGCGUCAGCCACACCAAGUACAUGGUGACCGACAGGGCCGCCUACGUGGGCACAUCCAACUGGUCCGGGGAUUACUUCGAGCGCACGGCGGGCUCGGCGCUGGUGGUGGCGCAGCCCGGGGCGGGCGCGGGGUCGUUCCGGGAGCGGCUCCAGGCCGUCUUCGAGCGGGACUGGAGCUCCCGCUACAGCGUCGACAUCGGCGACACCCAGAGCUGGAGCAGCCGCUGCGGGCCCCGGUAGCGCCGGGGGGAACCCGCGGGGGCCGGCGCGUUUUGGGGGGAAAAUUAAAGAGAAUGGGAUUUGUGGA